AUGGUCGAGAUUCUUCAGCACAUUACUGAGAAACCCAACUGGGAUAGCUUUGCUUGCCGCAAAGCUGUAGAAUCGCAGCUGUCGCUCAGGCUUCAAAAGACUGCUCCUACCCCGUCCCAAAGCGAUAUCAACUUUAUGGUUGAGAUCUUUCAACACAUGACGGAAAAGCCCAAUAUCGACUGGGACAGCUUCGCCAACGCUGCGGGCUUCAAAAGCGCAAAUGUCGCCCAGGCUUCAAAAGCACGAAUGUCGCCCAGGCGAGUCCUCUUCCUCCCAGCCGGCCCGGCCACCCCGAAGAAGGCCACCCUAUCAACUCCUGGCUCCUCUUCUAGAGUCAAGAAACACACUAGUCGUGUCGGAGUAAAAGGUACUAAGGCCAUAAACUCAGAGGAGAAGGUCGAGGAUAGUGAGCCUGAGUAUUCUAAACAUGAGACCACUGGCGAGUUGACAGGCUUCAAGCUCGAGGAGAUCUAA